AUGGCCGGCAUCGUUGAAGACUACCUCGACGGUUCCAUGGACAAUGAUACCGACGAUGUAUUUCCAUGCAAAGGUUGCGGAGAAAUCCUCGAGGAAGGCAAGGCGUUUGAACUAGCUGGCAACCGAUGGCACCUGGACUGCUUCCGGUGCAACACCUGUGGUACCCUCCUAGACUCCGAUGCGAACCUCCUCCUUCUCGGCGAUGGGUCUCUCAUCUGCAAUAACUGUACAUACAGCUGCAGCGCCUGCGGUAACAAGAUCGAAGACCUAGCUAUCCUUACUGGGGAACAAGCGUUUUGCGCAACUUGCUUCCGCUGCCGCAACUGCAAACGCAAGAUUGAGAACCUUCGAUAUGCUCGAACCUCACAAGGCAUUUUCUGCAUGGGCUGCCACGAAACGUUGAUGGCCAGGCGUAGGAAGAAAUCAAAGGCGGCCGCCGCUGCAAAAGCAAGAGAAAAAGAGCACUCGCCGAUGAUCACUGAGAAGUCGUUGCCCGCUCUGCCAGCCAACGCCAUCCCUCCUAAUGCGUUUUCCAACGACCGUGUCGACCCCGACUCUGACACUGCUACCGAGCUUUCUCCUCGGCCUCGGACAGGCCACGGUCGGAACGAGUCGUCGUCUCGAAGCAGCUCUCGACCAGCCCGCUCUCCGGAGCGCAAGGGCGGCGAUGGCUUAAGCCUACCGGCUACCACAUACCGAAACAAUCGCAAUUCGACCAUGAUGUCACGGGCUGAUACUGGCGCAGUUGAUCCUGACAGCUUCCUCAUUUCAGUAGCCCUGGAUCCUAGCCCGCAUCCGACUCCGCGGUCGACGUCCGAGAAUCUUUCUGAUGUGGGCAAGACCAAGGAAAAGGACUAUUUCAGUGCGCCCAAGUCAGCUGCAUCUGAGAAGCAAAGUAACUCGCACAACACAACCCCUCACAUUGCUUUCCAAGAGAAGGGCCGCCAGCCUUCUUCGUCAGAGUAUGAAACCCCUCCCAAGUUACCAUCCCGGAAGCUCUCCAAGUCAUCGAGAACCGACACGAGUAGACGCUCGCCGGCGAUUGAUGACAGGCCUCAGAAGGCAGCCAGCCGCCGUCCACCCACCAACGAGGACUUUAAGCUCCAGGAGGCCCCCAAGAGCAAGAAGUUGGUAUCAAGGAGCAGCUCACAAUCUUCGAGCGUCCCGGCGGAGACCACCAGCUCUGCCAGGACAAGCAAUGGAACGCGGAAGGAGAGCGGCUAUGGCGGUGUGGCUCAUUCCGAAAGCACUGUUACAACACCCGCCUCGCGGUCAUCACAAGAGUCGAGGCGGCUGGAUGAGGAUGAACUUCGUGCUUCGAUGGACUCAUCAUCCAGAACAUCUUCCCGGCCAGAGAACGCCAAGCCCAUUGCUCGGAAAGAGGUCCCUGCCACUGGCACAAGAAACGGUAAGACACAGUCUGGUCAUGGAAUCACUGAAGGGUUGCUAAUAUCGAUACCAGUCAACGGAAAUGCCAGGCAGCCCGCUCGACAAGAAACAGAAGAUGCCACGCCCACUCGAAAGAACCCCCCUCGAACCUCAUCGGUGGAGCAGAAGAAGACGGAUACCUACAUGCAGCCACGGUCAGCUCCCGCUCCUCCCACUCAAAUCCACACCCAGGUGCACCCGGGUGGCAAGGAGGCGACUGGUACCAAGGACGAUGGCACAUCCCCCAAGCACUCACCCAAGCUGCCUAGAUGGAGCAGCGGGGGCGACUUUAGUAUGGAUGAGGACAUGGCCCGUAUCCUUGGCACCGACGAAGGCUCGACGUCUAUCCUUCGUCGUGUGUCCAACGCUGUAAGACAUGGCCGCACUAACAGUGUGGAAUCGCCCAUCGGAAACCCUUCAAGGACUGGCCACACACGAAGCAUCAGCGAGACUACUCGCGCAACUGGCUCUCCUCGCUGGCCCAGGACACCAGUUGCCGAGGAAUACGGUCACGCUCACGAAAUUAGCAGCCCAAUGUCGCUGGCAUCUGGCGACGAUCCUGCUUUCCUCAAGCGACAGCUCCGAAACUCUGAGCAGCGAGUAGCAGAGCUCGAGAGGCAAUUCAUGACGGAGAAGGAUCUCAAGAGCCUCAACAAGAAGCUGGUGGAGAAGCGAAAGACGGUGUCUGUUCUCGACACCCAAACCGAGAUUAUGAUUCGACAGCUGGAGGUCCUGGCCGGAUACGUUGAGCGAGCCAAGGAAACCAAGACGCCUGUAGACCCGCGGGAUCUUGAGGACUCGGCGAUCAAGGAGUUUGUGCAGAAGCUUGACAAGGUCAAGAUGAGCAUGUCUGCGGCGAUCGAGCAGCUCCACGAGGAACGAGACGAACUCCUCGAGGAGAAGAACCAGGCGAUUGCUGAUCGAGACCGUGCUCUCCUCGAGUUUGAGCAGCUGUCGUCCAAGAACGCGCAGCUCGCAGACAUGAACAACGACUUGACACACCAGAUUCAGGAACGUUUCAAGUCGCAGAUUGGAGGGGAUAUCAAGUCCCCUGGAGGCCUCGGAAUCUAUGGCCCCGGCAAGGGACCUAACAGCUCCUCCCUCAACCUGGAUUCCGCCAGCCUGUCGACGGGUGCCACUCUUGUCCCUGCCGACGAGGAGCCCAUUGUGGAAGCCGGCCCGACGGUGGUGCAGGUCCGGAAGGGCCAGGCCAAGAAGUUCAACUGGAAGAAGGGAUCCAAGGGAUUGGCCCAGAACGUGGCCAAGGGCGUUAACAGGGCUGUUGUCGCAUUCCAGAACGAUCGUGAAAGGAUGCAGCACCAGGGCGGUGCUCCUCUGAGUGGGGAGAACAUCGGCAUGCCCUACAAUAUGACGGUUGCUCAGGUUGAGGCACCAGCUGGCCCUAUCUCUAACGGUGGUGCGAACGUGCAUGUCGUACACACGGGACACGCAGGCCAGAACAAGCAGCAAGCCGACCGAGACCGACAAGGCUUUGGAUUCUUUGGCAAGAAGAACACGCUUCCCAAGUCGGGAUCGGCGGGCAACAUGAGCAAUGCAGAGCCAGCCGAGCCACCGACGGUUCUGUUUGGAUCUGACCUUACUGAGCGAUCCGAUCAUGAGCGCCGACAGAUCCCCAGCGUGGUGACGAGAUGUAUUGAAGAGGUGGAACUAAGGGGAAUGGAUCAGGAGGGUAUCUACCGAAAGACUGGUGGCAACUCACAGGUCAACAUGAUCAAGGAUGGAUUCAGCAAGGACGAGAACUUUGACAUUUCGGAUCCUGACCUGGAUAUCACGGCGGUGACGAGUGUGCUGAAGCAAUAUUUCCGCAAGCUUCCCAUGCCGCUACUGACCUUUGACAUUUAUGAGCGUGUUCUCGAGUCGAAUGCGGUUGCGGACGAGACAGAACGAUGCGAUCACCUGCGUAAGACGUUUGCUUCGAUGCCCCAACGGCAUCGUGAUUGCCUCGAGUUCCUCAUGUUCCAUCUGGCACGCGUGGCAAAGCGUGAGCCCGAGAACUUGAUGUCUCCCAAGAACCUGGCUGUCGUGUUUGCGCCAACGAUUAUGCGUGAUACAAGCAUUGAGCGUGAGAUGACGGACAUGCACGCAAAGAACAUUGCUAUUCAAUUUGUCAUCGAGAACAGUCACACCAUCUUUGAGGAUGCUUAA